AUGGAGCGCGGCAGCAGCGAUGUGGCUGCCUCGCUCUUAGCGACGGAGCUUAAAGGGGGUUCACAGUCGUCUGAGAGUCUCCGAGCUGGCCGCCCCAAGGCCGCCGCCACGGAUGCUGCUGCAGACUCUUUUCCGGGCCGACGCCGCACAAAUAGGACCCAGGUGCAGUCGCUCCUCGAGGACCAGCGCCGUUUUGCGCUACGCGACGGCGUUGCACUGCCGCAACUGUAUUCAUCUUCUGAGGGUAUAUCGGCCACCGACUACAGGGUCGGAGGUGUGGCCCUCUCGCGCCUGCCGGACAUGUUCGGACAGGGCGCGCUGUCGGCCACGGCGUUGACAUCGCCGACUCACAUGAAUGCUGCGCUGUCAACGUCGGCGGUCGCCACGGCUCUGCAGGACGCCGUGCUCUGCUGGGGCGCGUCAUCGUCGUCGUCUGCGACGCGUGGAGGUGCGGUGGGUAUAUGUCACAGAAGUGUCGGUAGCAGUGGAGCCAUCUCGGUGCCGCACGUCCGUCGCUCCUGGCGACUCAUAGAGGUGACGCACCGACGCGCCGUGCCAUCCACCUCGUCGCCGUCCCCAUCUGCGAACUGGAGCGUCGGGCAGCGUUGGGAGCGCGCAGACCACGUGGCGCAGGUCAACGCUCUGGCCCGUGCCGUAUGGGCGGAGCUGGUCACGCAACCUGCUCGAGUGCAGGCCGCACCGCUGCCGAUCGGCCUGGAGCGGUCUGACGCAGAUUGCUUGUACGCCAGUGGACUGCGCAUGUGCUUCGACAGCACGCGCUCCACCGCGUCCUUGCCAGCCUUUGCGUCCGCUGCCUCCUCCAACGUCCUUGUGCGCACGGAAGUCGAGGACACGCGCGAGGAGAGCACCGUCCACGGUUGUGGCUGCUCCUUACUAUCUGCGGCAUCAGGCAAGCUAACGUCAGCUUCGUCGCCGUCGCUGGCGUUCUUCACCUUCACAGAGAGCGAGUACGAUGCGAUCGUUCCACCACCGCCGCCGUCGACACGCUUCACGUACGCUUCGUCCUGCUACCUGGUGCAGCUGUGGGCACGGUUCGGGAACCCCGUCGUGACUGUGGAUCGCUGGCGGUGGCCAGAGGGUGAUGAUGAGGAAGGUCGAGGGAAAGGCGAGCGGUGGGUGCCCUCCGUGGAGGAGGUGUGCGCAGAGUACCACCGCAUCACCGUCGGGGUUCUGCGGCAGCGGCGACAGCGGCUGCUGGACGCUGUUCAGUCACAGCAGCUCCACCUGCUGAGCGAGUCGUCCCCUGCGCCGUCGCCUACGACGCGCGCCACUCGCGGGGGUGGACGGAAAGUGACAGAGGCCACUGUCGACGAAGGCGGCAGCGCUGUCGCUGGAGGUGCCUCGACGACGGCGGCCUCACACCACGUGCAUCCUUUUGUGGCCUCCUUUGACCGCUAUGCUCUUCUUCACACUGCAGCCGCAGAUGACGCCGGUGCGGCUCCUGCGCCGUCGCAGCAGGCGUUGAGCACUGCUAAAGGCCGGGACGGCGGGCACUCGGUGUCGCUGCUGCCGUCACAGCUGUCGCCGCCGCCGGUCCCGCCAUCGUCCCACGGCUCUUCCGCCGAGAUCGCCGCCACCGCAUGUGGCGAUUCGGGGUCACUUACCCUGGAUGUCCCCCCUUCACCACCGCCGGCGGGGUCCACAGCCACUGCCCAGGAGCGGCUGACAGCGCUGGCGACGCCGAACGCCUGGUUCGCGCACGACGCUGAGGUGCACCGACGCGCCUGCCUCGCACGCCUGCUACGGCAAGAGCAGCAGGCAAAUGUUCCGUAUCAGCAGGCAGCCAACCGCUACCUCGCCUUGGUAGCGGGUGCCGCGGUGGCACUGCAGCGCGCUGUGUUUGCCUUUUACAGCCGCGGCGAGGAAGCCGGCAUCGCUGAGGCGCCAAUGUGGGAGGAGGGGGCGGCAGGGGACUUCACUGGCCACGCUAACCUCACGGAGGCAGACGUACACCUUGGUGCAAGUUCUCUCUCUUCAUGUCUGCUGGGUCGCCCUCCUCGGAGCGCCUUCACGGUGCAGCUACGGCCGCUCCCAAGUGUGGACCCGGCAGCGUGGCGGGCAGCCGAAGUUGCGGUGCACAAAGCGGCGGCAGAAGUGCUCGGGACGAUGAGCUCCGCCGCCCCACCACCAGUAGCUGCUGAUGCGGCCUCGCCUUCGCGGUGCCCGCCCCGGUCCGCUGCGGCAGUGGUGGGAUCGCAGAAACGCACACGUAGUGCGACCGCAGAGCGAGCCACUACGGCCGGCAGGCGGAAAGGUCGCGUAGCGGUGGCCAAGAGCGCCCCAGAGGGUGCUGCAGCAGACACCCUAGCGCAGCUCAACAACGGCGACGACGAGGCUGCCGACAGCGAGGCAUCCGCGCCGUCCGAAACUGGCAGCGCGUUCAGCGACGACGAGCAAGCCCUCGAGGACAGCGUCGCAGGUGAGGAGGGUGAUGGGGGCGUGAAGAUGGGAUUCACAGAAGAGCAGCGACAGCGACAUUCCACGCAGCCCUCUCCUCCAAAACUCCCGCCAUCGCGGCCGCGCCAUUCGGUCGGCGCUGGGGCGGUUCAUAGUCAGGCAUCACAGCUUCCAGCGGAUGCCUCAUACGCAGCACUGCAGGCUUACAUCACGGACGUGCUACCCUUCCGCUGUGCUCGGCUGCGCGGCGUGGUGCAGGCCGGCUGGCUGCUUCCCGCACCCCCCGCACUGCCGCACACCCUCACCAACCCCAUUGAGGAGGAAGAGGUGUGCACCGUCGAUGCACAGGUACGAGGGAGCACCGGUGCAGAGAUUUGGCCGACGCCCGCCUUUCCAUCGUCGUCAUCCGCGCCACAGCAAGAGCAGGCACCCAUGACCGGCGACACGGCGGCGGCACAGUCCCAAAAUUCAACUCUGCUUGCCCCCAUCCUAACAGAGGAGGAGUAUCAGCAGCUGCGAAAGGUGAGCACGGCGGGCGUCUGCAACCGCGUCGUGAGCCACACCGAUGAGGCCGUCCUUCUCUCCCUGCCAUCUGCUGUGUCUCGGCUGCACCGUGAGGUAGAGCAGGAGCUGGAGCGGUACCUCUACGAGGACACGUCAGCGUUGAUGGAGGUGAACCCGAUUGCGCAGUCGCUUGUCGACGCCAUCCGUGUCGCCUACACGCAGAACAAGCUACUGCAACGCUUCGCAACGCGGCUGGAGCACGUUCUGGAAGGACUAAAGAAGGUCAGCGAAGAGUGCGAGGAGGAGGCGCAGGCGAUGCCGCGCGUACCCUAA